AUGAACUCGACAAGCGCGACCUCCCUUCUUAACAAUAACAUCACUCUGAUCGAGGAGCCGACGGUGAGGGCCGCCGAUAUGGACAGGAAGAUCAUAUGCAGUUAUCCGACCAGUUUCGCCGAAGUCGACUAUAUCAGCACAUACAUCUACUUGCUGGCGAUUCCGACGAUUUGUGUUCUCGGCGCUGGAGCUGCUGUUAUGUGCAUUAUUGUUUUCACCCGGAAGCAAAUGAGGUAUGUACUUUUGUUUCAAUUUCAAUGAAAUUACAUUACAUGGAUUCAUUAUAUGCAUCCAUUUUAGAAAACAAAAACCAAUAUCCCUUAUCCAGACAGAAAAAGUUUUUCUGAUCCUCUAAUAAUCCCGCUUUUAUGAGAUUUCUCAGACCAAUUUGUUUUUUCUUUCAAUUUCAUCUCGAAAAUCCAGGAAUAGAAAUGUGUGGGCUCACAAACGAAUAAAGUGACCUUUCAGAUCAUCGCUCAACGUAUAUCUCGCCGGAUUGUCGGUUUUCGAUCUAAUCCUGCUCUCCUUCUCCGCUCUGAUCUUCUCGCCUCUUCAGGGUUGCGUUUUGCAGGUGAGCAAGCGGCGGAAAUAAAAAAAAAGAGAGAGAGAGUUAUCAUUCUGGUGCGGAGAAGAUAUGGAAUUCAUUAAGAGUGUGCACCAAUUUAUUCAUCGAGCUGGCAUGUCACACUCGAUUAUUUUUAGAUGAGAGAUGAAAUAAGUUGCAUGCGAAAUGAUAAAUUCUAAGUUUUGCAAAAUAUGUAUGUUCGAUGGUCUUCUGAAAUCCUUUCAAGUUUUUUGCUGAGUUACCAAAUUUGACAAGCCAGAAUCCGUAUUAAAAUAGAGUUCAGGAAACUUGAUAAUGCACUGAUGGAACUGGUUUUUUCGAGUCUUAUAAAGACACGAACAUCUCUGUGCAAUACUUUUGGAAUAGUCAAAAUCUCUCAGGGCCACGGCGAUACAACAGUCUGCCACUUCUUCUGGAGAUCGACCCCUUGGACGCUUCCCAUCUCGAACAUUGCCCAAUGUGGAAGUGUUUGGACGUGCGUGGCCGUGACCGUUGACCGAUUCCUUGCCGUCAACUACCCCCUUCACAGCAAGAUCUGGUGCACUCCGCGCCGUGCCGUCAGCAUUCUCCUCGCCAUCACUGUUUUCAGUGUUCUUUUCAAAGUGAGAACAAAAGACGAGCGUGAAGUUUGCACUCAAUAGUGUCACAUUCAGGCGCCAAUGUUCUUCGAACUGACCAACGAUGACUGCGGACGACUUCGCACCUCUUUCCUGAGAGAUAACAAGUAUUACAAGGAGUACUACGUGACUUUUGGCUACUUGAUUGCCCUCCUUUUAAUCCCCUGGACUGUUAUGAUUAUUUUGAACGUUUUUGUGGUCAAAGCUGUCCAUAAGGCGUACAAAAUUCGGAGGACCAUGCAAGGAGGAAAGAAUAAUCAGGAGGAAAAGGACCGAAGGUGAGUUCGGAGUGGUUUCCGUUUGAAGUUUGAUUUGUCUGAAAUGUUUUGUACAGUUGAGGUUAGGCUAGUGUCAUAAACACUUUUGACACUAAGGUUCCGGUUCACUAAGUAAGAUUUAGGCUAUCAUCACACCACGAACUCACAUUUUGGAUAAAUUUUGAAUGAUUUUCUUCUUUCUCAACUUUCGAAGCAUGGCAAACUUCACUAGAACCGGAACAUUGCAUGAUCCCCAUUCCCAUUUCCCCCGGUCUCUAUCGCUUCUUCUUUCCGUAUUUUCCACCCCUUCUACUUCUCUUUAUAUCGAAAUUCUGAAAAAACUAGAAAUAUGGAGGCUCUCAAAUUCAGAAACAGUCUCAGAUGCACUCUGAUGGCUAUCGCUAUGGUGCUCACUUUCUUGAUUUUCAACGUCGUCGCCGCGGUCAACAAUCUGGCCGAAACUGUUUUCGAAGUCAGUCUCGGAUUUUGGAGUCCGAUUGGAAACUUGCUGAUUUGCUUGAACAGGUUUGUUGGUAGCUGAAUCGGUUUUUUGAAUAACCGGUGCUAAAAGUCUUUAUCACAUCAAGAAAGCAGACAAUAGCCUUUUUAAACGUGUUCCCAUUUCCAGCGCUUCCAACAUUGUGAUCUACUCUUUGUUCGGAGCCCGCUUCCGUCAAAUGUGUGUGCUCAUGCUUUGUGGCCGACAAAGCCGAUGGAUGGAAUGGCUCAAAGUCGGAAGGUACCCUCUACAGUAAACUUUUUCCCGCAUUAUUCGAGUGUCAAACAAUCUGCAUUUCAGAAGCAUGGUGAGCGAUUGGGAUGGGAGAGACGGAACUACUCGGAAGACAAGCUUGGACGCCAGCACCGCUCUUCUCAGUGCCAGGGUAAGCUAGCUACUACAGUCAAUUUUUGCUACCGUAAUUCUAACAUGUUCACCCUUUGCUUUUUGUUUCCUCUCUCUUUUUGAACUGAAAUUUACAGCGAAUGACCAUUUCAAACUUUAUCUCAUACCCAAUGGUAAGUUUUCAAGUGUGGAAUCAGGAGAAUAACAUUCACUUGUUUGAACUAUUUCUUGAUUUUCAUGCAUGGCCUUCCUUACAUACCCCACCUUUGAAUUUAUCGGUUUCCAUAAGUUUUCCUGAUUUUUGCCUUUGAUACCUGAGUUUCACCCUUUUUUCAGAGCUCCGUGAUAAUUCUGAAUAACUUUUUGAUCAUAUUAUUCAUUUCAGAGCUCUCGCCGCUGGAGCAAACGGAGUCAGAGUGGAGCCCCGAACCAGACAGCCACUCGCAAGGACACCGUCAUCUACACCAGUGCACAGAACCGACUUUCUUUGCAGAGCACCCCGUCCUAA